CACCCCCCGCGUGGGAUGAGCUGCUUGGCAGGCCCUUUCACAGUGUUGCCCUUCCUCUCCCCCCAGCACGCCCUCCCCGCCAGCGCCUACGCCACCGUCAAAGCCUACGGAAACUUUGAUGCUGAUCGUGAUGCUUUAACCCUCGAAACUGCCAUCAAGACCAAAGGUGUGGACGAGGUGACCAUUGUCAACCUUUUGACAAACCGCAGCAAUGACCAGCGACAGGAUAUCGCUUUCGCCUACCAGAGGAGAACAAAGAAGGAACUGGCCGCUGCUCUGAAAUCCGCCCUCUCCGGCCACUUGGAGGCGGUCAUCUUGGGCCUCCUGAAGACGCCGGCGCAGUACGAUUCUUCUGAGCUGAAGGGGGCCAUGAAGGGCCUGGGGACCGAUGAAGAUACGCUCAUAGAGAUCAUCUGCUCGCGGACAAACCAGGAACUGGCCAUCAUCAACAAAGUCUACAGGGAAAUGUAUAAGACGGAACUGGAAAAAGACAUCAUCUCUGACACGUCCGGGGAUUUCCGCAAGCUGAUGGUCGCUCUGGCCAAGGGGAGGAGAAACGAAGACUGCUCCGUGGUGGAUUACGAGCUGAUUGACCAAGAUGCCCGGGACCUUUACGAUGCCGGCGUCAAGCGGAAGGGCACGGAUGUUCCUAAGUGGAUCAACAUUAUGACCGAGCGGAGCAUCCCCCAUCUCCAGAAAGUGUUUGAAAGGUACAAGAGCUACAGCCCUUACGAUAUGUUGGAGAGCAUCAAGAAGGAGGUGAAAGGAGAUCUUGAAAACGCCUUCAUUAAUCUCGUCCAGUGUAUUCAGAACAAGCAGCUGUACUUUGCUGAUCGACUGUAUGAUUCCAUGAAGGGCAAAGGAACCCGUGACAAGGUCUUAAUCCGAAUCAUGGUUUCUCGAGCUGAGGUUGACAUGUUGAAAAUUAAGAGUGAAUUCAAGAGGAAAUACGGAAAAUCCCUCUAUUACUUUAUCCAGCAAGACACAAAGGGAGACUAUCAGAGGGCGCUCCUGAAUCUCUGCGGGGGAGAAGAUUGAACCCUGCGAUGAGAAUUAAAGGAAAAAGCCCAACCAACCCUUCCUGGCUGGAGAUGGGCUUCCCCCCCCCGCCCCCCCGCCUCUCUUUCCUCUCUCGUUGCAGAACUAGAUGCACUGACACGGCCGCCCGGCUAACGCCGCUUCUGCUUUCUCUGUGCGCAAGGCCAAUCGCGUGGGUCGCUUUUUCGCAGCCGCCUUCCUGCCUCGCUUCUGCCCAAGCAGCUGAUCCCGUGGAAGCCACAAGGCUGGAGCAGCUAACAUUCCAAGGAGAGCGAAGCCGCUGCGAUGCGUUGUGGAAGAUCCUGCCUCUGAUGGGGUCCUUCGAAAGGACAAAUAAAGAAACCCGAGAUUUUUACUUUAAAGGAAA